CGGUCUUUUCUGUUCCUGGCAUGGUCGGCUGUAGUAAAAAGACAUAAGAAAACAACAUGCCACAAAAUGAGUAUAUGGACCGUUUUCGAACGUUGUAUGGACGGCGGCUUGACUAUGAAGAACGCAAGCGUAAGCGAGAGGCCAGGGAACCUCACAAACGUGCGGAAAAAGCACGGAGCCUACGAGGAUUGAAGGCAAAGAUCUUCAACAAAGAACGUCGCAAUGAAAAGAUCCAGAUGAAAAAGAAGAUCAAGGCUCACGAGGAAAAGAAUGUCCGAAAGAAAACUGAACCUACCCCAGAGGGAGCACUUCCAGUCUACUUGCUGGACAGGGAUGUUUCUUCUCGCGCCAAAGUCUUAUCGAACCUCAUAAAACAAAAACGUAAAGAAAAGGCUGGUAAAUGGGAUGUCCCGAUACCAAAAGUAAGAGCGCAGUCAGACUCUGAGGUGUUCAAGGUGAUGCGAACUGGAAAAUCCAAGCGGAAAGCAUGGAAGCGAAUGGUGACAAAAGUAACAUUCGUCGGUGAAAGUUUUACCAGGAAACCUCCAAAGUUUGAGAGAUUCAUCAGGCCUAUGGCCCUCAGAUUUAAGAAGGCACACGUUACUCAUCCAGAACUAAAGGCCACAUUCUGCCUCCCAAUUAUUGGUGUUAAAAAAAAUCCAAGCUCAGCCAUGUACACAACUCUUGGCGUUAUUACUAAGGGUACUGUUAUUGAAGUAAAUAUUUCCGAAUUGGGGCUUGUUACACAGUCCGGUAAAGUUGUAUGGGGUAAAUAUGCCCAAGUUACCAAUAAUCCUGAAAACGAUGGCUGCAUCAAUGCCGUUUUACUAGUUUGAUUAAUCGCUGAACUGAAGACUUGACACGUGUCCUUCGUUUUUGUAAUUAAAUUCAAAAAUUGGAUUAUUCUACUUGUAUUUAAUCACUGUAUAACAUUAAGUUUAAUUGAGAAAGUAAAAGCGAAAUAAAGUAAUUUUCUGAAAUA